GGGAUCGCUGAGACUUGCAUGUGGCAUAUAUUCCCGCAGCUGCAUGAAGACGGUCAUGGGAAGCUUUAAGUUUAUCGACAUCGGGGUGAAUCUGACAGACCCCAUGUUCCGGGGCAUUUACCGUGGGAAUCGAAAACAUCCAGAUGAUUUCCAGCAAAUGGUUGGAAGAGCCCUUGAGACUGGAGUUCAGAAGUUGAUCAUCACUGGAGGGAAUCUUGAGGACAGUGAAGGAGCCUUGAAGUUGGCGGAGACUCGGGAUGAGUUCUUCAGCACGGUGGGCUGCCACCCGACACGCUGCGGCGAGUUUGAGCAAAACGGGCCGGAACAGUACUUGAGAGCCCUGAGAGAGCUGGCCGUUUCGAACAAGAGCAAAGUGGUGGCAGUAGGGGAAUGCGGCCUAGAUUUUGACAGAUUGGAGUUUUGUCCGAAAGAGACUCAGCUUACAUUUUUUGAGAAGCAGUUUGAUUUGGCUGAGGAGACUAAGUUGCCCAUGUUCCUUCACUGCAGAAACUCACAUAAGGAGUUUUUGGAUAUCAUGAAAAGGAACAGAGACAGAUGUGUUGGUGGGGUGGUGCAUUCAUUUGAUGGAAGCAAAGAGGAUGCUGCGGCGAUUAUUGACUUAGACCUUUAUAUUGGCAUCAAUGGAUGCUCCUUAAAAACAGCGGAAAAUCUUGAUGUAAUGACGUCCAUUCCAAGCGAGAGGCUGAUGAUUGAAACAGAUGCUCCAUGGUGCGGGAUCAAGAACACACACACUGGCUCCAAAUAUGUCAGAACGACAUUUCCCACCAAGAAGAAAUGGGAGGCAGGUCAUUGUCUGAAGGACAGGAAUGAACCCUGUCACAUCAUUCAAGUGUUAGAAGUCAUGGCUGCAGCUCGAGAUGAGGACCCUUUGGAGCUGGCAGACACUAUUUUCAAUAACACUAUGAAAGUUUUCUUCCCUGGAAGUUAAUUUUACUACACUCGCUGUCAAAGUGUAGUGCACUCUGAUAUUUUAUUGUUUACCGGACCUGUUUGUUUUAUGACAACCUUAAUUCUGGCAUCGUAGUGAAAUGG